CCUAUUUCUGGACUGUGGCAAAACGAGGUAGAUCUACUAGUACUUAGUACUUAGUAGUACUAACUACUAUUAUUAGUCAAAGGCGGAGAGACCUACAGCCUACAGGCAUCUGGCGCUGGACGAAAAUGCGAAGAAACCAUUGAAGAAUGGCUAUUGCAUGUCGAAGAACGAAGUUGACCUCGGCUCAAACGUCAGGACGGAUCCGCUACAGCCUGUUUCUGUUGCAUGUGGCACAGGAAGUACGACGUACUAGUAUGGUUCGCAGACGCUGGUAGCUCCAGAAAAUAACCUUGCCCUGGGGCAGGCCUCCUUGGUGAGACCGCCAUGCUACACCAAGUCGUGUUUUCCUCCGGGCAGUGCCGCUGUCUCCAACCCGGCAACUUGUUCGUGCUGUAUUCACCAGGCCGGACGAAGAGAGCCAAGGGAAAUAAUUUUGAUGUCGACGAGUUGCCGUGCUUAUGUCUCUCUCUACUUCGUGAAAAAGGGGUCGACGCAGCUGGUAGCAUUGUUAUUCGGUGACCGUACUGUCGGAGGCCGAAGCCGUAAGAUUUGGACCAGUGCGGCCAACCGGCAAGCUUUCGCUUAUGCAGUGGUGAUCGAUCUUCAAUGCGCGUUUCUUGAACGAGUGCAAUGCUGAUGCGAUCCGGUGCGAACCGAACAAGAAUGAAGAAGUGCAGGCUGCUAGCUGGGACGGUACCAGUGUCGGGGUCGUGUGUGCAGCUACUGUUGUUGCUGCUGCUGCAAGUUUUGUCCAUGUUUACAUAUGGCUGUUCAAGUAGCCCAUCUCCGGUUCUGAUUGAGGUCUCACCACUGAUUACCCUGCAAACCACUUCCCUCAACCAAAACGCUGCGAAGAGUGGAAAUCUACAACUACUGGAAUCAGUGGAGGACUUGUGCGGCUCAAGAAGAGCUCAGUGCGGCAGCCUACAUGCUGCGGUGCAGACUGCACACGCACUUCGCUACAGUCCUGGAGCCUACAGCCUCUAUACUGGCCAAGGCAGUGGUAACGCACACUCUGUGGUGAGGUUGAACGAUACUGUAGCCAUACACAUUGUGCUGAUGGCCGACGCACGACUAUCCGACUGCCGUAUACUGGCCAGCCCGCCCAUAGUAGACCCUCUGGGCAAUCGUCAUGGUUACUAUGCCUCUGCAGUUCAUAUCAGUGUAUCCAACCUAGUGAUCAGGUUGUCUGGGCAACACAGUGGUGAUUGCAGUCAUGCCAAGCUGUACUGGUUCCCAAACUCUUUGAUGAUGGGAACUCCCGGUGCCGAAUCCGCUCGCCGGUUGAUCAGCAUUCAGAGCACGUCGGUUAUAGUCUUGGAGCGAGUGGCGAUCCUCGAACACUCCGCACCAAUAUAUAAGCCUUCAGUGCUUAUUGACGUCCACGAUUCAACUGCAAUCCUCUUUCAUAACGUUCUCGUACAUUUGCCAUCACCCUACAGGACGGCUAUCCGCGUACAGCGCUCCAGACAGGUCAACUUCAUAAACUGUACGGUGACAGGGUCAAGGCUGAAUAAUACUCCCUACUUUAGUAUUUUUGAAGACAGAAACACUUCGGUGGCCGUGAACAUUUCGGUGAGUGGAGAAAGUAGCAGAGAAUCACUGUCUCCUGUGGAAGAGCGCGCUCUCCGUCACUGGCUGAAGCUAAUCUCCUGCUCAGCAUUGCCAGCAGCGAGGAGUAGGUCUUCCUGGAAAGAUGCUCAGACCAUCAUAUUCUGUAACUGUACAUUUGAGCACCUGGGCGAAGGCAGGGCCACCAGCAAUCAGAGAACGGCUUCAAUAUCUGCGACUCGUGCCAUUGGCGUAGCGAUCAACCUUAACAUGGAUGGUGCCAUUGGCCAGUCAGUGCUCAUAGAAGGGUGCACGUUCCACGAUAAUAUCACUCCUUUCGGAAGCGCCCUGGUCCUCCAAUUUCCUGCCAAGGGUGGUGAUGCUGCAGUGAACUGCACUAUGAACGUGACAAGGUGUGAAUUUACAGGGAAUGUUGGAACGUACGGCAGCGCAGUUUUGGCAAUCUUGCGUGGCAAGAGCAGAAACAACACAUUGUCAAUCACCGACAGCGAGUUCAGGGGAAAUACAGCUGAUUUCGAUGGAUCUGGCUUUGCAGUGUUCUUCCGUUUUGACAACUCCGAGCGGCGUAACAAGGUGUAUUUGACCAGGGACACGUUUGUUGACAACCGUGCUAGAACACUGGGCUGCAGAACACCAGGUAGUGCUGUACUCGUGCGAUCAACUGACGGCUCGCCGGAAAUUUUGCACAAGAAGAAAAUGAUUGCAAAGGACGUGUUUGUGUCAGUACACAUGCAUGCCUGUACACUGUCAGGUAAUGGAGGGAAUGCAGCACUGUAUAUCAUCGGUACCACAGUGGAAACGGGAGGCGUAAUGGUUAUCACAAGGAAUUCAAUUGGCGGUGUGAUGCUCUCCCGGUCCUAUUUGAGGAUUACGGGUUCCAUGUCAAUCACGAACAACACAGGCUUUGAGGGUGGUGGCAUUCACUUGGCCUUGUUCUCCAUCGUUGAUGCUCGUCUUGCUGACCAUUUCAUUGUGUCAGGCAACUCGGCCGUACGGAAUGGUGACGGAUUGUUCGCUGGCGAGACUACAAGUUCAGCAACCCAGGGCCGAAUCCUGCUAGAACGGGGCCGAAAACGCAGCGCGAGCAGCGCCUUCUGUCCAGUGCUUUUUCCCAACAAUGCUCAAGUCAGAAACGAAUCAAUUUGGUCGGUACUAUUUGGGAACAUGUCUCCAAGAUCGUCACCGUUCAAGGUGUCAGCAGUGUUCAUGGCGUCGUUGAUGCACUGCUUUGACGUGUUCAAGCCUUACUUGAGCAAGGUGUUUGGCAAUGGCCGUGGCAGUGGGUUUGCACAGCUGUGCUACUGUCCACCCUAUGUCCCUGCCGCCUGGGAGAACUAUGGCGCUAUUGGAAAGCGAAACGAGAACAUCACAUCAGAUAAGUUGUACGCGAAGUUGCUUAAUGGCUACCUCACUCAUCCAGACUUUCUCGAAGUAUGCUUGGCUCGCAGUGGACCAGCUGAUUAUAUACCAGAGAGGAAGAUGUCUAUGAACUCUAGUAUUGGAAAUGAUCCGAUGAGAAGCAGUCUGGCAUCGGAGGUGUGCUACUCUGACCACUCCGGCCAGCAAGGACCACCGUCUCUAGAUCCGGCUUCUAUGCAGGAGCCUGCUUCGUGUGAGCCAGAUGUCGUCAAUCGCCAGUUUAGACAGCCCACACACUGCUACAGUCGCAGGCAGGACAUGUAUGUCACAAACUAUGUUUCCAACUCGUCUUCGACGGUGCUCGCUCUUGGUACACUGCCAUCAUGGCUAUUUUUCAACACUGCCACAACAUCCUGCUACAAAACCAUCGGCGAUAAAGUUUGGUACUUCAAGGAUCUGUGCAAGCGAGGUGUGAUUGUCGAUGAAAUCAAACGCCAUCGGAAACCACUGCCUCUGGCCACGGACUGUUAUCUGUUUAGACUUGCCUUCCUUUACCACAGCCUGCAACGAACAAGCACACCGAUACUGCCAGGUUACAGGCUCGUCCUGACUCCGUGGGCUUCAACAGUUUACCAGUGGUACAAUAGAAAUAUCCCACACGAGGCAUGUCAGCAGGACUCAGAUGGCGAGCGAAUUGUGCCUGAGUCCAGCAUCUCCAGCAUUGUCCUGCAUCCAGCGCCUGGUGAGGAGUUCAACCUCAAAGUGACCGUGGCCGAUGAAGUGUUCAACGACCGGCCCACUACUGUUUCGUUGCAGGUGGCCCAGGAAGAGACACACAGCAGCGUUCUGAUGAAAAUACGUGGCCAUACAUUCCAGCCAGAGGAGCCAGCAACCUUUUCGUCCCACCUAAGGUUCAGUCGGAUUUCCUUGCUUGGUGCACCGGGCACGAAAGGCAUGUUGGUGGUGACAGUUUUGGGGAAUAUAGCAAUCUAUCAACUCGGCGUCAAGACUCUCUCGUUGGAAAUACCAUUUGUUCUGCGGCAAUGCCAUCUGGGAUUCGAAAAGAUGACGAUGACUCAAACUGAGGCUCAGAGACGUAUAAUUGCCUAUACAUCUACUCCACGGUCUGCAAAUGUUAGUAGUGCAAACACCUUGCAGCAGAUGACUUGUCAAUGCGCAACGUCAACCCCGAGAAAUUUCUGUAUCCACAGCUGCCGUCGUGGGCGACAUGCUGAAAUCAGUAAGCGCUGCUGGGCGGGCGACACCAACCUGCACACGUAUGCUUUCUCCAAGGAAGGGAGUUUCACCGAGCACAACGCAACGUGGUUCUUUGGGCAGCCAGAUAGUGAGCCUCCACUGCACCUCUCGGAACAGGAGCCGAUGUUUGCUGCCGCACAGUGCAGCACACCAGAGUGCAUGCUGAAAAACACCAAUGCCAGCUGGUCACUGGGGCAGCAGGACCCCUGUACUCCGCAGUGCAACUGUGGCGGAGUACUUUGCACAAGAUGCAAAGUUAACUACACACUCCUGUCCGACGGGGUGUGCGUGAACUGUGAAACGGCCAAGGUCAAGAUCUCGCUGCCUGUCUACUUCCUGAUACAAUUUCUGGGCGCUGGUAUUCUGUUAGCCGUUCUACUUGUCUUGAACAUCGGUAUGUGUGCCACAUUGGACUCAUGGUUCUUCUUCAUGCAGGUCUUCUUUUUCGUGUCUGGAAGUAAUUCUUGGGAUUCUAUAGUGGCUGUUCGUCGUUUCCUGACACUCGGUCUUGGUUCAAUAUGCUUCAGUAAAUUCGACAUGACCUCACAGCUAAAUGCCGUGAUGUGUAGAAUGGCCAUACCGAUCAUGCUGCCUCUGCUGACGUUUCUGCUGUGGUGUGCGGCACGGCGUGGGCAUGGUUUGUCGUGCUGGAAGCGGCUGAUGAAGCGCAACUCCAUCGUGCAUGUCUUCUGGCUGGUCAUCCUCUGCUCUACAGCGCAUCUUCCCUGCCUGUGCUUCCUGCUGCUGCGCUGUGUGCCCUUAACCAGUCAGCGACAGGUGCUCUAUCUUGAUGGCUACGUGGAAUGCUACAGCCGGUCACACCUACCCUACAUGCUGUCUGCAAUCCUGGUGCUGGUGCUGAUCUGCCUGCCCGUGCCGAUUCUACUGGUAUGGCGACCACUUCACCUCUGCCCGGCCCUCAAGGUCUUCAUUGACGAGGCCACACAUAUCUAUGAGGAUGAUCGCCAGUGGUGGGUGGGCAUCAAUUACGCCCGCCGCCUUAUUCUUAGCAUGUCAAGCGUGCUCAUUGUCGAUUUGCUGAGUCGGAGAAUGGCAUCAAUACUGUUCUUGUGCGUCUAUGUCGCUCUGCACGCCGUCUGCAGGCCUCUUCGCCGUGACGCCAAGCUAGGGCGAGUGAAGGACUUCAACAACGUGUACGAGCUGCUGUUGCUUCUGCUGCUGAUCGUCCUGGGUAUUCUGCAAGUGGUGAAACUGGACAUACCACGCUGGCACAGACAUGAUGUGUUUGAAACACGUGACUGGCUCAAUAUCGUCCUCUUCUCGCUCGUCACUCUCUUCACAUUUUCACUGAUCACUGCGCGUCUGAUCUGCAGCUGGUGUAAUGCUUUAAGCUGCCGGCGAGGCCUCCGCUCUGGUUCAUACCUGCACAAUUUCUACUUCCGCCAGCAGCAGCAACAGCAGCAGGUGGAAGACAGCAUGGUUGCUGAGACGAGUCUCAGCCAUCACGUCGACCCUGCUUGUUCACAUGCAGAUUCUCAGGAGCAGCAGCAGCAGCAGCAAAUGCCAUUGAUCUCUGAGUUGGCAGUGGCGUCGGCGGCAGCAGAGGCUGAACCGCUGCCGCGCGAUGCAAGUACACAAAGUGGAGACAAGGAUGAAGCAAAACUUGGUCAGAAUCGACUUCGAGACCCUCUCCUAUUCGACUACAUGCUCAAGGGACAAUAGGUGAAGCAAUCCCAGCCAAGCCACCGGCUUCAACCUUUACGAGUAGUAUGUACAUGGUGCAGCUAUGACGACUGGCUGUAUGUGCGUGUGUGUGUGCGUGUGUGUGUGUGUGUGUGUGUGUGUGUGUGUGUGUGUGUGUGUGUGUGUGUGCGAGUGUGUGCGUGUGCGAGUGUGUGCGUGUGUGUAUGUGUGCGUGUGUGUAUGUACUAGAGCUCUGCAUACAUACCUUCAGGACCAUGCUGAUAUCCACAGUUGCUGACAUGUGGACCAUGCUGAUAUCCACAGUUGCUGACAUGUGGACCAUGCUGAUAUCCACAGUUGCUGACAUGUGGACCAUGCUGAUAUCCACAGUUGCUGACAUGUGUUCCUAUUAGGCCAAGUAAAAAAAAAUCCUAGUUUAUCGUCCCCGCCCGCCCCAUUUUUCGAGGCCGCCCGGAAUUUAUUUUUAUUUUUUAAAUCUAGAAUUUUGCCAAAAAGCUUGAUUUUUUACGUCGGCUAAGGCUUGAAAACACAGCUUCGUCGUAUGACUGACUAUUGGUUACUGUCCUGACUGGUUCUUUCCCUUCUGCAGCUUUCUAUCAUUUAUCUGGUGGUCUGUGUGAACCAAACAGUAUUGGGGUUUGUGUCUUAUGAGUGGAGUGACAAUCUGUCGAUCCAAAGAUUUUGCAUGUAAUUGUUUAUGUACAUAUAACUGUUAUAGCAUUGUGUAUUCCAUACACUACCACUAUUCUGUUGCAGAUUGUUGCACAUGAUGUGUCAUUGUUUACCAAGAACUAUACUAGUCUGUAGCACAUCAAAAAAAUAAAAAAUAAAAAUAAAAUCCGCCCUCCCUCCCCGAUUUUUGUGAAAAAAAGGACGAUAAACUGGGAUUUUAUUUUACUUGGCCUUAACACAUAGUAGGUCUACAAUACCAGUCUGUGAGUGUGGCGUUGUUUUAUGAACUUCCUUCUUCAACUUGUGCCCAUGCAUGGCUGACAGGCUGCCAACCUCACUUUCACACUUGCUUCUUGUGCGUGUAGCUCUUAGCAUCCGGGAUCUCACCCCCCCCCCCUCCCCCUCUGCUUCCAUUGCUUUUCGUUCAUGUUCCUUUUCUGUACCACUCAAUAGUCUGCAACAGCGGAACAUUGAAUCAGCCAUCCGCAGUAAUCUAGUGAAUGACUUUAAAACAGUGCUGGUUGUU